GUCUGGUAUCGAGUCUUGGAUUUUUAUUAUCAUUUUUGAUCAAAUAUGUCUCAUUAUAUUUCUAUUUGGAAGCUAGUCAUCCCAAAAAGAACAACAAAUGACGGGGUCGGUGCGGAAAUCCCGUAUUUCCUUGUCUAUCUUUAAGCCUUAGGCCAAGUUCAUACUCGUGCUGUACUCGUGCAGCGGCAAAAUCCAAUCCAACACGGGCAUACUGUCCAAUGUACUGCAUACUGUACAGCACGAGUAUGAUCUCGGCCUUACCUGACGGAGCAUUAUGCAACCCAGAACGCUCACAGUUGAAAGAUGGUAUUCGUAGCUCAACAGAGAGAAGGUUUUUUUUUCAUUACGAGUUCAUGUUUUAUUCCUCAAGUACUCUAGUGAACUUAAGGAGCCUUCAGGAUCAUGAAAAGGACAAGCGGCUUGGAGUAAGUAGACAUCACUGUAAGGUGCCUGGUCGUGUUGCAUCCGUGUGACGCCCGCCGGAAUUUCAGUUCGCACCGGCUCUUCUCGGUUGCGUGACCAUGACCGAUUUUAUCGUCCAAAUAUUCUCCUUUUCCGGGUAUUAGGCCGUAAGCAGCUGAGGUGAAACCACUAACGUGGCCUUUUUGGCAGUUGACCGAGGUGGGCUUUGCGCCGUAGGCCUAGGUACGUAGGCUAGAGACUUGGCCUUUAAGUUAGAGCUCAGCUGGAUAUUAAGCCUAUUGUUUGGCCUAGGCCUUGCAUCGUAUAGCGAGGAUGGAUUUACGUCUUAGGUCUAACGUUAGGACCAUGCUCAACGGGCUGAUAGUUUGGAAAAUUUUUUUUUUUUUACAUCCGCUUAGGCUUGUCUGGGAUGUUGACUUUCUUUUUAUUACUAUUUGUCAAUGCUGACGUGAGAUUACAUAUGAUAUGCUUGUUUCACUUUUGAUAAGUGGAAUUAGGGGGUGGGAGUUGAUCAAGCUUGACUUGCUUUGCUUUGUCAGCAUACUGGAAAUAGGACAUACAGGAAAAUAGGACAUGUAGGAAACAGGGAAAGACCCACUGCAGUAGCAGUGUUUCACCUGAGUGAUCUCUCACAAAUGUAGUCUUGGCAAUUGUAGCCAUUGUAAACAGAGAAGGAAAUGAGCUAAAACAAUAGGUGUAUGAGCUUUGGGAAAGAGGGACCUUUUGCAAUGUAACCUUUUGAGGUGAUUGGCCUGUGUGACCUUGACAUUUAAAAAAGUCAGAACCUUUAUUUUGAUGUGGGACUUUACUGAUUUGGGAGGUGAAAUGGCCUGGCUGGUUUCUGCAAAAUGCAGAGGAAGCAGAUUUUAGGCAUUGAGUUGCACCACGAAGUUUUUCAGAUGCUUUUGAUUUUUCUUGGUCUUGAGGAAGAUGGAGAAAUGUAUAGGCCUAACUGGUGGGAAAAGUAAAAGUUGUUUGGUUAUUUUUGCUUAAAUGCCCAUGAAAGUUACCCCUAAUUACUCCUGGUCCUGCGAGACCUGGUUCUGCCCAUUAGGUUUAGCUUAAAUUGUACUUGUCAUAGAUUAUCUCCUUGAAUUUAUCAGAAUCUAAGUGUUUGUUAACCUUAGUGUCCAACUUUGGUGUACAUCACCUAUGUGGAAUUUGUGUUGUUUUCUCAACUACAGGAAGUUAAGAAGACCUGUCCCCUAGACCUAACUUGAGUCAAAUGAAAAAGACCAUAACAUAGGCCUUGGCCUAUGUGACUGACUUGACUGCCUGGGAACAUUAUUAUUGAUCUGCUCACAUGGUAAAAUGUCAACUAGAUGGUAUCCAAUCUUCAGGAGGGGAAACCCACAGCUACGCAUCUUCCUUCCAAAUUUCUUCAUGAAGCUUGUUAAACCUGAGAACCCUCAGCCAAAAAAUGUCGUCACUUUUAUUGUAUCCACAGAAAUGACAAAAUAUGAUGUGAGGAAUUAUCUUGAGAAGAUCUACAAAGUGCCAGUUGUAAAUGUGGCCACUCAUAAUAGGCUGGGUGCUACAAAAAUGUGUGAUAAAGGAUAUGUGGUGAAGGAUGAAGACUACAAGAUUGCUUAUGUCACCUUGCCAAAAGAUUUGGAGUUUCAGUUCCCCAAUCUGUUCCCAAAAGAUGCAGAAGAGCAGCAAGAUAAGGACUUAGAGGAACUACAAAGUCUUCAGGAGCAGCAAAAGAAAGAAAUGGAAAAGCAUUGGGAUCGUCAAGGAACUCCUACAUGGUUUGGAAUAUAGGAAGUGUUACUAGACUUCAAACCUUGUUAUAUCUUUUGAAAAUGGGGUAUUUUGCCAUUUUAAUUUGGACUUGUAUGUGUGACUUGCCCAAGUGAAAAUGGCCGUUUGCUAAUCAUUAAACAUAAUCUUGGUGCUGUUAGUGGCAAUGACAAAUGUCAAUAAAUAUGUGAUAUCCAUAGCCAAG